AAAGGCUGGAAAUAAAGUGUGAUUCUAAAUCUUGAUAAGUUCUGAAGUGUAAAAGACUGUGAUAUAUUAGUAUCUAAGUGAAAAGUUACGGAAUCGUGAAAAAUGCGGAUGUCCCGCAAGAAGGCGGCUCAGGUGCAGCUGCAGGCUGAGCUCAACACGGAUGAAGAGUGGGCCAAGUUUCUGCAGCGAGAUGGAUUGUUAGUGGUUGACGUAUAUUCGGAAUGGUGUGGCCCUUGCAUCGGCAUGGUGGGCAACCUGAAGAAGAUCAAGGUGGAAAUCGGAGGGGACAACCUGCAUCUAGCGGUCGCGAAGGCAGACACCAUCGAGUGCUUGAAGCGUUUCCGGAACCGCAGCGAGCCAACCUGGCUGUUCAUAGCCGCCGGCCAGCUGGUGAACAUAAUCUUCGGCGCUGAUGCUCCCCGUAUCGCGCGGACCAUCGAACAGGAGCUGAAGAAUGAGGAGUUAGCCAAGAAAGGGGAACGGGAGCGGCCUCAGCGGGCCCCUCAUGAGCUGACUCCAGAAGAACAGGAGGUGGUUCUAGCUCAAGAAAAACUAAUCGCCGAACGACGCGAACGCGAGCGCGCCGCGGCGGCAGCGGAGCGCGAAGAGCGGCGCGAAACGCGCGCGCGUCGUGUUGAUCAGCACUUCGCUGAUGUGUGUGCUGGGUUACUGCUGCCGCAUGCGCAGAAAUAUUUGAGGAAGGUGUCUGAUGCUUUGGAGCCUUUUGGAGUACUAGUCGCCGACAAACUACCCCUCCUCCUCGGCAAGAUAGAAGCACGUCGGCUAGCGGUGGAAGAACCAGAAAUGGGCAAGCCAGCAGCGAUGACCGCGCUCACGGAGCGACCCUCAUUAGCUUUGCUCUUGAAGAAACAACCAGAUAAGGAAGGGGAUAUUAUAGAGAUCUGCCGCCGAGUGUUGUACGGCGAAGGUUUGGAGGAAGAAGAACGCCCGAAAAAGCUGGUGUGUGAUGAGCUCCGCCUGGACGGAGUGCCGGGGAUAUACGUGCCAGCUGACAGGCAACAGCGGGCCGCAGUGCUGGAACUCCUGUUUCCUAAGAUGGUAGGCGCCCUAGUGGAGCCGCUCCCCCCUCCCCAACCCCCGCACGUGGCCAUGAUGUUCGGCGCGUGGCAGCGGCGCGCCGUGCUGGCCGCCGCGGCCAAGUGUGCUGCCCGCGUCUUGAAACACGGCUUUUUCGCUGACCCAAAUGUGGCGGAGCCGAGGCUGCUGUGUAAAACUGCGAACCAGUACGAGGAUCGGCUGGAGAAAGACUACUGCGAAACCAUAGUCCUUGAAGUAGCCGUAGGCCUCGCAGAACCAGAACUAGCGGACCCUGCCGACCUCUUCCCACCCGGCCCUCCUGCUGAGUUGCUCGCCCUUGGCCCCAUACACGUCAGUGUGGACGCGGUGGAAGGCGCCCUGGAGUGCGCGAGGUUCUUCCCGCCGGGGUAUUGCGAGCCAGAGGAAAAGCCGAAGCCGAAGAUUAAGAAGAAGAAGAAGAAGCGUCAAGGCGAGAAUAAAGAAGAGGCCGUAGACCCCGCCCUCUCCGCCGCUCCGUCUUCAGAAGGCGAGGCCUCUACCGAGGCUGAGGCCGCCGAGGCCGCCGAAGACGAAGCCGACCAGGACGAGGCCGACGAGGACGAGGCGGCAGUAGAUAAAGCUACGUCGCCACCGCCGAUGGCUGAAUAGAUUUACUCAUUUCUCACGGGCUCUACACAUAUACGGCCUACUUAGGCGAAUGGAAGCGAGUGCCAAUGCGUGUGCAGUCGACUCGGAUCGCCUCGCUACCAUUACGCAACGCUGCGUUUGCUGAUAUUUAUGAACUCUUACUCGAAAGGCUCCCAUUCUGACUCGAACUAAUAUUGGCAAAAAUAUCUUGUCCGAAAUGGGUGCCUGUCAUCUUCUUCAUAUAGUUAACAAUAUUCUUCAUAUUAGAAAUAUGUAUAUAUAUGUUAGGGAGCCAUUCAAAGAGUAGUACAUAAUAUAUGAGCCAUUUUAAGCUGCUUAAACCACAGACAUAAAAUCCGCGCUCGGCUUAAACAUUUCGUGUAAUGACAACUAUGUGAAGGAAUGGAACGUAAGUAAAUAGAGUAAAACGAAACGCAACUGAGAGAGGAAGACGACAAGAGGUGCGAGAGGGAUGAAGGGAACGAUUUGAAUUGUGAAAGACGUGAAUAUGAAAAUUAAAAGGGAAAAUUACUUAAAUUUAGUUAAUUGCAAAUAAAAUAAA